AUGGUUAAAGCUGUUAUUUUCACUGAUUUUGAUGGUACUGUCACCAAGCAGGACUCUAACGAUUAUUUGACCGAUACUCUAGGUUUCGGUAAGGAAGAGAGAUUGAAGGUCUUCGAAGGUGUUUUGGAUGACACCAAGUCCUUCAGACAAGGUUUCUCCGAGAUGUUGGAGUCCAUCAAGACACCAUUCCCAGAAUGUAUUGAAAUUCUUGAGAACAAGAUUGAACUGGAUUCUGGUUUCAAGGACACCUUCCAUUGGGCCCUAGAGAACAAUGUCCCAGUUGUUGUUGUAUCCAGUGGUAUGAAGCCAAUCAUCAAGGAUCUUUUGACUAAGAUGGUCGGCGAGGACUCCAUUCACAAGUUGGAUAUUGAAUCCAACGAGGUUGAAAUUAAGGACAACAAGGAAUGGAGAAUUAUCUACAAGGAUGAGUCCCCAUUUGGUCACGACAAAUCUAGAACCAUCAACGCUUACAAGAAGAAGUUUGAGGCUGACUUGAAGGACGGCGAGGAAAGGCCUGUAUACUUCUACUGUGGUGACGGUGUAUCUGACCUAAGUGCUGCUAAGGAAUGUGAUCUUUUGUUCGCCAAGAGAGGUAAGGACUUGGUCACUUACUGUAAGAGACAAAAUGUUCCUUUCCAUGAAUUUGACAGUUUCUCUGACAUUUUGGCUAGAAUGAAGGAAGUUCUAGCAGGUGAAAAGACCGUUACCGAGCUAAUGCAAAACUGA